AUGAACCUCAGCUCCUUAUCCUGUAGCAAGCGCCCCGCGCUGCCAGCCCCUUGCUGCGGCAGCGCGCCGACGCCUAGCAGCGCGCUGGCGCCAAACGCGCUGGUGCCAAACGCGCUGGCGCCAAACGCGCUGGCGCCAAACGCGCUGGCGCCUAACGCGCUGGCGCCUAACGCGCUGGCGCCUUACGCGCUGGCGCCUUACGCGAUGGCGCCUUACGCGCUGACGCCAAACGCACUGGCGCCAAACGCGCUGGCGCCAUACGCGCUGGCGCCAUACGCGCUGGCCCCAAACGCGCUGGCGCCAUACGCGCUGGCGCCAUACGCGCUGGCGCCUUACGCGAUGGCGCCUUACGCGCUGGCGCCAAACGCGCUGGCGCCAAACGCGCUACCGCCAAACGCGCUGGCGCCAAACGCGCUGGCGCCAUACGCGCUGGCGGCUUGUGCGCUUCUGCCUUGCACCUUGCUCGCUGGAGCCUUGCUGCACACCAGCGUGGUGUGCGUGACCCCAGGGGAUCUAUGCUUCAAACCACGCUUGUGUGCGAGACGCGUUGUGGGGAGCAGGGAGGGAUCGAGAGAGAAGACAAUGUGGAAAAGGAAUGUCCGUCCCGUCGCUCACGUGAUCUCCUCUUGCCUCCCUUACCCACGCGAUCACUUCUCCUUCCCCAUAGCCCUCCUGUUCGGCCGUCCAGUCACCCGCCCAUUCUGCCGUCCCGUCGUCCUCCCGUUCCGUUCCGUCGUCGUCGCCCUUCCGUGGCCCAUACCGUCGCCCCUCCCGUUCAUCCAUCCCGUCGCCCAUCCUGUAGCGCAUCCUCUCUCCCAUCCCGUCGUUCCCCUCGUCGCCCUCGCCAACGCCCCGAAACUCCCUCCCGUCGCCCUUCCUCUCUCCCAUCCCGUCGCUCCCCUCGUCGCCCUCGCCAAUGCCCCGAAACUCCCUCCCGUAGCGCAUCCUCUCUCCCAUCCCAUCGCUCCCCUCGUCGCCCUCGCCAACGCCCCGAAACUCCCUCCCGUCGCGCAUCCUCUCUCCCAUCCCGUCGCUCCCCUCGUCGCCCUCGCCAACGCCCCGAAAUUCCCUCCCGUCGCCCUUCCUCUCUCUCAUCCCGUCGCUCCCCACGUCGCCCUCGCCAACGCCCCGAAACUCCCUCCCGUCGCGCAUCCUCUCUCCCAUCCCGUCGCUCCCCUCGUCGCCCUCGCCAACGCCCCGAAACUCCCUCCCGUCGCCCUUCCUCUCUCUCAUACCGUCGCUCCCCUCGUCGCCCUCGCCAACGCCCCGAAACUCCCUCCCGUCGCCCUUCCUCUCUCCCAUCCCGUCGCUCCCCUCGUCGCCCUCGCCAACGCCCCGAAACUCCCUCCCGUCGCUCCCCUCGUCGCCCUCGCCAACGCCCCGAAACUCCCUCCCCUCGCCCUUCCUCUCUCUCCGUCACCCUUGCUCUCUCUCCGUCGCCCUUGCUCUCUCUCCGUCGCCCUUGCUCUCUCUCCGUCGCCCUUGCUCUCUCUCCGUCGCCCUUGCUCUCUCUCCGUCGCCCUUUCUCUCUCCCGUCGCCCGUUCUCUCUCCCGUUGCCCUUUCUCUCUCCCGUUGCCCGUUCUCUCUCCCGUUGCCCUUUCUCUCUCCCGUUGCCCGUUCUCUCUCCCGUUGCCCUUGCUCUCUCCCGUUUCCUAUCCUCUCUCCCCUCCUCUCACGUUGCCCUCGAUGCAGUCGUCACCUUUCCUCUCUCCCCUCCCAUCACCCACCUCGGCGCUUUCGCGUUCGCCCCGAAAUGCCUGCAAGUCGCCCUUCGUUUCUCCCCUCCCAUCUCCCAACACCCUACCAUUCCGCAAUUUUCGCUCAAUCAGCGCUCUCCGUGCGCUCUCGUUUCCUUCUACCUAUUCCUUUUUAUCUCUAACCCGAAACUCUCUGUUUUUUCCCGCAGUUCUGCUUUUCCUAUGCUGUUUUUGCCGCCCCAGCAGGCACAUGUCUAA